AUGAGCUCCCAGCCAAGACUCAUGUUCAUAUUCCUAUUCUUAGCAAGCCUACUUGUUGGGCUUGGGGCUGCUGAUAACCCAGUUGUGCAGACGAUAUACACAGCUGAUCCCGCCCCAAUCGUGCACGAUGGACGUGUGUGGCUCUUUACCGGCCAUGACGAAGAUGGAUCUACAAACUUUGACAUGAGGGACUGGCAUCUUUUCUCCACCAACGACAUGGCUAAUUGGCAACACCACGGUGUAGUCAUGUCUUUGGCGACGUUUAGCUGGGCUAAAGAAAGAGCUUGGGCUGGCCAAGUUAUUGCCCGAAAUGGCCGCUUCUAUUACUACGUCCCUGUAUCAAAGGCUGAUGGUGGUGCUAUGGCAAUUGGUGUGGCCGUAGCUGAUGCUAUUACGGGCCCAUACGUCGAUGCGCUUGGCCAUCCCCUGGUUGACAACACCGAGAUUGAUCCCACUAUCUUCAUCGACGAUGACGGCCAAGCCUACUUAUACUGGGGCAAUCCUAACUUGCUAUAUGUUCUUCUGAAUGAAGACAUGAUUUCAUACUCCGGUGGCAUCCAACAAGUUGAGCUCACAGCUGAGAGCUUUGGCGCCCGUUCCGGCCAUCCCACAAGAACAACAAUGUAUGAGGAGGGACCUUGGCUUCAUAAAAGAGGAGACCUCUACUAUAUGUCCUUUGCAGCUGAUUGCUGCCAAGAAAAUCUUCAGUACUCAACUGGGCCAAGUGCAACGGGCCCGUGGACUUACCGCGGAAUUAUCAUGGACCGUGAAGGUUCUGCCUUUACCAACCACGGUGGAAUCAUCCAAUUUCAAGGCCAAGACUAUCUAUUCUAUCACAACGGUGCUCUACCCGGAGGCGGCGGAUUUACUCGAUCAGUGUGUGUAGAGGCUUUGUUCUACAACGAAGAUGGCACUAUCCAGCAGGUGCAGAUGAGCCGCAGCGGUCCGGCACAAAUCAAAAGUCUUGACCCGUAUAUCCAGCACGAGGCGGAAACAAUUUCCUGGAGCCAAGGUAUUGAGACCGAGAUAUCUGGAGAGGGUACACUGAACAUCUGGUCCAUCAACAACGGUGACUACAUCAAAGUGCAAGGUGUAGAGUUUGGGGCUGGUGCGGCAAGCUUCUCUGCUCGCGUCGCCUCCGCGCUCAACGGAGGAUCCAUUGAGCUGAGGCUUGACUCUCUUACUGGGCAAUUGGUAGGCACAUGCACUAUUCCGGGGACAGGUGGUUGGCAGACUUAUGUGACAGUCUCCUGCGACAUUACCAAUGCGAAUGGGCUUCAUGAUUUAUACUUUGUUUUCAAGGGUGAAGGCGGCUUGGAUUUAUUCAAUUUUAACUGGUGGCAGUUUAGAGCGGCUUAG